CUCUCUACACGCCAUCCCCACCCAACACUCUCUCUCGUCUCCUCCGCCAUGGCCUUGGAAGCCCUCAGCUCUCCGACGACCCCCUCCCCUCCCUUCCACUUCAUGAAGGACCCCUCCUCCGCCUCCGCCUCCGCCUCCGCCUCCGCCGCCGCGUCCUCCUCGUCCUCCGCCGCCUACGACGUCCGCUUCGCCGAGCCCUGGGCCAAGCGCAAGCGCUCCAAGCGCCCCCACAACCCCCCCACCGAGGACGAGUACCUCGCCCUCUGCCUCAUCAUGCUCGCCCGCGGCGGCGCCGGCCGGAGGAGCCUCCCGUCGCCGCCCCCGCCUCCCCCGGCGGCGGCGACCUACAAGUGCCCCGUCUGCGACAAGGCCUUCUCCUCUUACCAGGCCCUGGGCGGCCACAAGGCCAGCCACCGCAAGCUCGCGUCCGCGGCGGGGGAUGACCAGCAGCCGACCACGUCGACCUCCGCGGCGACGACCUCCUCAGGCGUGUCCGAGAAGUCGCACGAGUGCUCCAUCUGCCACAAGAGCUUCCCUACCGGCCAGGCUCUCGGCGGUCACAAGCGGUGCCACUACGAGGCCCCCGCCACCUCCGCCCCCUCCGCCCACGCCCCGGCGCCGGCCGCCAGCGGGGUGAGCGUGUCGGAAGGCGUGGGGUCCACGCACACGCAGAGCCAGGGUCACCGCGAGUUCGACCUCAACAUCCCGGCCCUCCCGGAGUUCUCCCCCAGGUUCGUGGUCUCCGGCGCCGCCGCCGACGACGAGGUGGAGAGCCCGCACCCCUCCAAGAAGCCCCGGUUCUUGGCGCCGGUGAAGGCGGAAGCGGCGGCGGCCUGAGA